CGUUUCAUUAAUUAGACGGUGAACGUUGUGCUGUUUUGAGUUGUUCCGUGGUACAAGUAUAGUCUUUCAUCAUACGCGUCAAAGUAGAACGCCAAAGCGAGCUAGCAUCUUCUCUAUCUCUCCGGGCGGAUUAUUACAGAAGAGAGAUGGAUCAGAUAAUGAACAAGGUGGGCUCUUAUUGGUUAGGACAAAAGGCAAACAAAGAGUUCAACUCCGUCGGUGACGACUUUAAUUCAUUGUCUAGCAGUAUUGAAGGAGGUACCAAGUGGUUGGUCAACAAACUCAAAGGAAAAAUGCAGAAGCCAUUACCUGAGCUGCUAAAGGAAUUUGGUUUACCGGUUGGGAUCUUUCCACAGGACGCCACAAACUACGAGUUCAACGAAGAGACGGGCAAGUUGACUGUCUUCAUCCCUGAGACCUGCGAGGUUGGGUACAGGGAUUCAUCGGUCCUGCGGUUUUCGACAACGGUGACGGGUUACCUGGAGAAAGGGAAGCUAGCUGAAGUGGAAGGCUUGAAAACAAAGUUGAUGAUUUGGGUGAAAGUUACUUGUAUCUCAGCAGACCCAUCAAAGGUGUAUUUCACGGCAGGGAUGAAGAAAAGCAGGAGCAGAGAUGCUUAUGAGGUUAUACGGUGUGGUGUUAGUGUUGAUAAAUUCUAACUUAUGGUACCAAUUAAUAAUAAAACGAAUGUUACCAAGUUAGUUUUUUUAUGUAUGCUUUUAGCACCUUGUGUUAAACUAAACCUGGUGAAGCAAACCUUUUACUUAUUAAUGUGUAAGAAUGUUGGUACUUGAAUUGUGUUGCAGUAAGCAGAGAUCAAUCACAAAUAUUUUACUUUA